GGCCGCCGUGACGUCACGACGCGCGGCGUUCCCCCCUAAGGAAGCGGAAGCCGCGUACCCGGACGUUGAGGCGGCUUCUGAUUGGCAGCCGAGAGCGAGGCCGCGGCAGGUGGGGAAGAACCCGGAAGUGCUGAGGGGAAACGGCGGCCGCCCGCGCCAGCCGCGGUGGCGUCCCCGGCGCGGCCAUGCCGGGCGCGGGCGGUGCCAGCCUGGCUCCCGAGGAGCGCGUGCGGCGCCUGGUGCGGGCGGGCAGCAGCGUGCAGGUCAGCGAGGACGUGCCCCCGCGCCGCUACUUCCGCUCGGGCGUCGAGAUGCUGCGCAUGGCCACGGUCUACUGCCAGGAGGGCAACCUGGAGCACGCCUUCAUCCUCUACCACAAGUACAUCACGCUCUUCAUCGAGAAGCUGCCGCAGCACCGCGACUACAAAAACGCCGCCAUCCCUGAGAAGAGGGAGACGGUCAGAAAACUGAAGGAAGUAGCCUUUCCCCGAGCCGAAGAGCUCAAGGAGGAGCUGCUAAAGAGGUACGCCCAGGACUAUGCUAAGUACAAGGAGCAGGAGCAGCAGCUGGAGGAGGAGAAGACUCGGGUAGCCCUGAUGAAGCAGCAGCAGGCAGAGCAGGAGCAGUUCCACGCCUUCGAGGAGAUGAUCCGGCAGCAGGAGCUGGAGAAGGAGCGCCUGAGGAUAGUGCAGGAGUUUGGGAAGCCAGAGCCGGAGUCUGUGGAUGGACCCCUCAUCCCUGGCGUGGAAAAGCCCCCGACAGAUUUAGCCCCAAAGGUUCCGGUCUCUCCGCUUCACCCAGCAAGUCCAUCAGCGAGGACUGUGCCGUCCAAACCUCCUGUUGUGGACAGAUCUUUGAAGCCCAGUGCUUUGGGGAGCACAGAGAACAGUGCAGCUGUGGAUGUCCUUCGCCAGGUCAUUGUCCCCAGGGAGCUGUGCCACAAGUUCCUGCAGCUGGCUGAUGCCAACACCGUGCGGGGCGUGGAGACCUGUGGGAUCCUCUGUGGGAAGCUGAUGAGGAACGAGUUCACCGUCACCCACGUCAUCGUCCCCAAGCAGCUGGGGGGCCCCGACUCCUGCACCACGGAGAGCGAGGAGGAGCUCUUUGUCAUCCAGGACCAGCACGGCCUCGUCACCCUGGGCUGGAUCCACACCCACCCCACCCAGACAGCCUUCCUGUCCAGCGUGGACCUGCACACCCACUGCUCCUACCAGAUGAUGCUGCCGGAGUCCAUCGCCAUCGUGUGCUCUCCCAAAUACCAGGAGUGA